AAACUUGAUACUAAUUGUUUUUUAAUUGUCCUAAAAGUCUUAUACCAAGGAGCUUUAAUAAACAGGAGGCAGCAUCAGGUGACAUUUGUGAAGCAAGUUUUAAAAUUUUGCUUUCAUCUUGGCUGCUUGCUGGUUGAUUGUCUACUUCAGUUCGUUUUGAUACAAAAUGCUAAAAUAAGUAGCUGCAUUUCAAAUCUCUCCAUCAGACAUGUUAUAUAUUGUAUAAAAGAUUCUUGAGAAAAUAAAAAUAAAUGGGUGCAAUCUGAAUCACUUGUUAAAAAAAUGAAAGAAGGUUAUAGUCAACACUUAUCACAGAUAUCGCAUAAUGUCAAAUCUGUCAUUCUUUUAUCCAACUACAUCAAAGAAAAGUAUGGACCAUACUACUAUGCUAAAGCUUCUAGUUUGAUAGCCCACAUGCAGCAACUCUAUAACAACAUACUUCAGGAUAAUGAUGUAAUCAUAAUGCCUACCCUGACAAACUUGCCGUGUAAGCUUCCAUCGAAAGAUACGCCAAUAAAAGAAAGAAUGAUUAAGAGUGAAGACAUGACCAAAAAUACUGCAAUCUUCGAUGGUACAGGACACCCGGCUUUGUCACUUAAUUGUGGUUUUGUUGGUGAUUUGCCAGUUGGUUUAAUGAUUGUUGGAAAGCAUUUUGAUGAAGUUAGUGUACUAAAUGCAGCUGCAAUAUUUGAAGCAAUAUUCAUGCAAAACUUAAAAAACUAAUUUUUAAACAAGAUCGUCAUAUAAUUUAGGGAAAAUAUAUAUAUAUAUAUUUUUUAAA